UGUGGAAAUAAUCCUUUCUCUCGAAAGAAGAGGGGGAGGGGAGGCAAGGUAAACAUUAAGAAGCAAUGUGGAAACAAAUUUCCAAAGUGCUGGUUGAUGGGUUUGUAUUCAAGUAAAGAAUUAGAUCUGUGUUACCAAGAUAAUUUGGGUAGCAUCCCAAAAAUAGGACCUUGUUUUGCUUUUCAGAUGACUUCUGAAAUCUGUAAUAAGUGAUGGGUUUGUGAGGAUGAGCCAAAACUUUUUGCAUCUGUCCAUUUGGAAUGUGUGUUACGUAAUACCACUGAAGUGUACUACGACAUACUGCUGGAUUGUAUGUGCCUGAUCUCUGUUUUGAUGGUGCUAAUGGUGCUGUUGAGAUAAUGUGCUGAACUCAUCACUGUAAUAAUGUCUUUUUUAAGGUCUGCAUGACUGUAUGAUGGCUUAUAAAUGAACUACAGUGGCUUGUUAUAGGGAUAAAAGAAGCAUUCUGAGAUGCUGUUUUGGAGCUGUUGGUUAAGAUUUUCUUAGAUACCUGAUUUAUGCUAUUAAGACUAGAUUUUUUUCCUGGAAACCAGAUACACUCGGGUAUAAAUGAUAACCUUUUUUACUACACAGUUGCUACCAGUUCACCAGCCUGGCCUGCACAGCGUGCACCUUGUGCCUGCAUGGCAGAACGAAGGGGUCGGCUACUGACACGUCUGCUCAGAAGGGUGGGAAGGUCUCCAGCAAACGGAGGCGGGUGUGGCCCCUCUGUGGGCACGCCGGGUGCCUCUGGCUGCCAAAGGCGCUGCUCUCGGGAAAGGACACGGACCUGCUUUGGAGAGCAGCGCCGGGGGAGUGCAGGGCUGACGGGCAGCAGUGGUGUGGGCGCCUGGGGACACCGGCGUUGGGAGAGGGACCACCUGCUCUCCGCUGAGUAAAAUACUACGCUGAAAAACACAAGGAUGAUGCGUAUUAGAGCUGCACCGCCGGGUGCGGUAUUUCUGCCGGCCCUCGGCAGGCGCUUCUCUCAGCCCUGACCCCAGCCGCGCCUGCGCGGCUUGAGCGAGGGACGGGCGGCCCGCCGCUGCGGCGAGGGACGGGCCGCGUCCGUGUCCCGGAGACAGCGCGGCACCGGGCAGUAUUUAGUUAUGGGUGAUGAGUCAGUACCAUUUUUGCUGGGUGAAGGAACCACUAAAACAUAUCAAAUACCUAUUAGUCAUCUGGACUACAAAUUCAUUGAAAAAUGCACAGAUGUUAAGCACCUGGAAAAGAUUCUCAGGGUAUUAAGGUCUGGUGAAGAGGGAUGUUACCCUGAACUUACACUGGUUUGUGAAAAGCGUAUUGAGCAUUUAGAUCCCAGGAGCAGAGUUCUGAGAAAAGAUAAGCCUGCAGCCACAGCUUCUGAUUUCACAGCUGAAGAAUGGGAAGCAAUUAAUAGUGAACUGAUGAGCUGGCUGACAGAAAUGAAUGAAGAUGAUAAGAAAUCACAGCUCCUGAGAACAGACACACCAAAUGAAAGACAAGAUAACUUGCCUCCCAUUCGUUGUUCCAGCAGGUGCCUUCCCACUAAUCAGAACAAAAAAUUGAAAAACAAACAAAGAAGCAAGAAAAACAUACCACGGGAUUACAGUGAAUGGGACAAGUUUGAUGUGGAAAAGGAAUGUUCUAAAAUUGAUGAAGACUAUGAAGAAGGUAACUCAAAAGCAAGAUUCUUCAGUAGGCCAAGUCCACCUGUAAUUGAAAAGAAAAUUGACACAACUGGACUGACAAAGAGAGAGAAAAUUUUUAUUGCUACUCGUGAAAAAGAAAAGGGCAAUGAAGCCUUUGCCAUUGGUGAUUAUAUGGAAGCAGUGACAUAUUACACUCGGAGUAUAUCAGUAAUACCAACUGCAGCUGUGUAUAAUAACAAAGCUCAAGCAGAAAUCAAACUGCAGGACUGGGACAGUGCUUUGCAGGAUUGUGAGAUGGUACUAGAUAUGGAACCUGGCAACAUAAAAGCUUUAAUGCGCCGUGCCACUGUACACAGUCAUCUGCAGAAUUACCAGACAGCUGUAGAGGAUCUGAAUAAAGUGUUGUCUGUUGAACCAGAAAGCUCUAUAGCUAAGAAAAGUCUGCUAGAGAUUGAAAAGAAACUGAGAGGUUUAGAGCCUCUAUCUGAGCCUCAAGGCAAAGGAAAAAGAAUACUUAUUCAAGAGCUGGAUGAUUCAGAAAAUGGCGAAGAAAGAAGGGAAAAUACAGAAGAAUGUGAAAGACGUGGUGGAGAUAAAACCUCCGCCGCGGCAGCGGCAGCGCGGGCGGCAGCCGGGGAGCCCGCGAUGGGCAACGCGCACAGAAAGUCCCACGGCAAAGGCGGCAGCAAGGCGCAGGACAGAGAGACGCACAAGCAGAAGGACUCCGAUGAGAGCAGAUCAAAAAAAGGCGCAUCAGAGAAGAAAUCAGGAAAGCAUUUGUCAGACCGUGAAGGUGAAGUUAAUGGCUAUUUACGCAGUGAUGAGAAGAGUGAAAGCCCCGAAGCUGAGGAGAUCUCCAAACCGCAUAGAGAAGGGUCUCAGUCGGCUGGUGGUGGCAGUUCCACUUCACUUCCUCUUACUGCAGCAAAACUAAAAAGUGAAGGAAAUGAGUUUUUUAAGAGUGGACAGUUUGGAGAAGCUGUGCUCAAAUACUCGAAAGCAAUUGAAUAUGUCAUUGGUCUAGGAGAACAAAGUCCAGACGAUUUAAGUAUCCUGUACUCAAACAGAGCAGCAUGUUACCUCAAAGAAGGGAACUGCAGUGACUGCAUUCAGGAUUGUAACAGAGCUCUGGAGCUUCAGCCAUUUUCCCUUAAGCCUCUUCUACGCCGAGCAAUGGCAAAUGAGUCAAUGGAGCGGUAUCGACAGGCAUACAUUGAUUAUAAAACAGUCCUACAAAUAGACAGCAGCAUCCAGGCAGCAAAUGAUAGUGCUAACAGAAUAACAAAGACUUUAAUCGAUCAGGAUGGUCCCAGUUGGAGGGAGAAGCUGCCACCAAUUCCAGUUGUUCCAGUUGCUGCUCAGCUACACAGGUGGGAUGGAGGAAGCCUCACUUCAGAAAAUAAGCCAAGUACUAUAGACAUCAACAGAGAAGAACAAUUGCAGAUGAAUCGUGAGGAAGCCAUGGAGAAGUUCAACAAGUUGAAAAAUGAAGGGAAUGAUUUUGUAAAAAUGGGGGAAUAUGAAGAAGCUGCAAAUAAAUACAGUGAGUGCAUGAAGUUAAAUACUGAGGAAUGUACUGUCUACACUAACAGAGCUCUCUGUUACUUGAAACUGUAUAAAUACGAAGAGGCUAAGCAGGAUUGUGAUCAUGUUCUUCAGAUAGAAGAUUCUAAUAUUAAAGCAUUUUAUAGAAGAGCACUAGCGUACAAAGGAUUACAGAAUUAUGAAGCCAGUGUUGAUGAUUUCAACAAGGUACUUCUAAUAGAUCCAAGUGUUGUUGAAGCACAAAAGGAAUUAGAGGAUGUAACCCGACUGCUUGACCUUGACAGCAGUGCUGGAGCUGGCAGUCGACAAAAGCAAGGGAAGAAAAUAACCAUACAAGAGGUGACUGAACCUGAUGAACAGGAAGAGAGACAGUUUGCUACAUCAGAAGAUGCUGAGACUCAUCACGUUCCUGCUGAGGAAGCUGUUCCAAAGCUUGUGCCACAAAAAUCCUCUGAGAAACUCUGUGUUUCAGAACCAUCCAAUGCUUAUGACUUUGGUCAGAUUAUAAAUGCAGUGAAUGCCAAUAAGGAUAAAGCUGCUUGUGCAGAUCUUUUAACAAUUACUGAUCCAAAAAAGUUGCCAGUGCUGCUAAGUAACAAACUUGAAGGAGAAAUCCUUUUGAUUUUUAUCCAGUCAUUGGAACAUUACGUAGCUGGAAAAGAUCCUGGCCUUGCAUAUCAGCACCUUUUCUACUUAAGCAAAGCAGAAAGAUUUAAGGUGGUGCUGGCCCUUCUUAGCAAAAGUGAAAAAGAAGAGGUGCAGCAACUGUUCGACUUACUUUCAGAAAGCCAGAGUGAUCAGUACUCGCUGGAAGAUCUUGAGAGACUUAAAAAGGUUUAUGAACUUUGAGAAGUUAAAAGUUUAUUGGCUGCAUGCAUAUAGUGCAUGUAUAGAAGAUGAAUGAAUGAACUCUGCAGACUUGCCUGGAUUCAAGUGGGUCUUCACCUGGACGGAAUUCUAUUUUGUUUUGACAGCAUAUGCACAUUUAAAACUUGCUGCUCUUUUCUUCUUGUAGUUGUAUACAUCUCUAGAAUUUAAUGCCCAUCUGUGUUCAGUAAGAGAGUUCAUUUCAUUUGGCAUACUGAUUUUAUUUAGAUGGUUAAUUAUAUACAGAAAAAUACAUUUUACAUUAUAUGUGCAUUGUGAAGUACCUUGAUGGUACAGUAGGUAAAUACACUUUCAGUCAUCCCUUGUUACAUCAUUUUGUGAGUUCUAUGUUCUUGUGAUAAAGAAGUGUCUUCAAGAUAAACGGGUCAGUUAGAAGUAACUUCGCUAAAAUGAGUUUACAAAAAGUACUAACAUUUUUCAGAAAACUACUGUAGGCCAUCUGUUUGUUCAGUAUUCCUGGUCUGUACAAAACAGAUUUAAAUAUUUUUGGCUCAAUACAUCUCAGCAACAAAGGUGAAUGAAUAAUAUAUUAGCUUGUCAUGGAAACAGUUAUUAAAUGGAUGGGCAUGUUUUUAACAAGUGAGUAAUUUUUAGUGCAGAGGAUUACUUUUCUUCCUGUGUGUGCCAGAGGAUGGCUGGUUUUCUGACUUUGUUUGGGCAGUGACAGAAGAACAAGUGGUUGCACUUCACAAUAGAAGUAUUUAGCUCUGAGGUUUGUAAUGAGAUUAUUUAAAAUACUAGCUAUUUCUGUUUACAGAUACAGUUAUAAAACUAAAUUUUUUUGGACCAGUAUGGUUUGGGUUUUUUUUUUUUUUUAUUUCAGGCAUUACUUAUGUUUUAUAUUUGAUUCUGACAAAGUUCCCUCAAAGGUGAAGCUUUUAAAUUUUUAAAUACCCGAAUGCCUUCUUUGCACAGGUGAUAUAAAUGUAUAUCAGACUCACUUAGCACUUCAGAGAUAGCAUUAAGUAUAUUGUUCUAGUAAAAAUUUUUCUCAGGUAUAUAUUAAUUAAUAAAGUUUUUUCUUGAAAAGUAAAA